UUGCCGCCCACCAUUCUCGUAGUUCUUCUUAACCUCUCCCGUAUCCAAUCUAAUCCCACUAUUCAAUGGAGGAGGCGGGUGCUGGAAUGACAUUCAACCAAACCCUUCCCUGCAUUCAACCCCUUUCAGCUGAUCGGGGAAAGACGGGCGGAUAGCUUAAAAUUGGACCCCUCUUCCUGGACGGAUGGCUUUCUAGCUAGCUAGGUUAAAUCUUCAUAUUAGAAAAAUGGCGGCGGAUAGCGUCAACCCGUUUAAUCUGAGCGAUUCUGAAGAUGAGGCAGAGCAGAGAGCAGAGGACGGGGUUGAUGCCGAAAGGAGCCUUAGCGAUGGAGCGCCAGGGCUCCCGUCCAACAUCCCCAUCUCCCCGCAGGCGGACGCCGAGCCCCCGGCCCUUCUGCUGUCCAGCACCCGGACCAGCCCAAGUGUGGAAGGCAUCUCGGUAGCAGCCGCAGCAAUGCCAAGCGGCUUGGCAGAGACUCGGGUGUCUGUAGAUGUGAUUGCUGCUCAGCUAAUUCGGGAUCAAUACUUCCUCACCGCUCUUGAAUUUCAUACCGAAUUGUUGGAAUCAGGGAGGGAGCUUCCCCGGUUGCGGGACUAUUUCUCCAACCCGGGCAAUUUCGAGAGGCAAAGCGGCACUUCACCAGCUUGUAAAGACCAAGGACUGGGGCCAGGUGGACCGCUAAACCGAGCGGGCAGCAUCAGCACGUUGGACUCUCUGGACUUCGCCCGUUACUCUGACGACGGGAACCGGGAGUCGGACGAGAGGGUGGCAGUGCUGGAGUUUGAGCUACGGAAAGCCAAGGAGACCAUUCAGGCUCUACGCGCCAACUUGACUCAGGCAGCAGAGAGCGACACUCAGGAGAGAAACAAGAACUACAAAUCAAAUCCUGAGAUUCAGCAACCUAUCCGCCCACUGGAGAAGCGAGCCUUAAAUUUUCUUGUGAAUGAAUAUUUAUUAAAGAAUGAGUACAAACUGUCGGCCAUCACCUUCUCUGAUGAAAAUGAUGACCAGGACGUUGAGUUGUGGGACGACGUGGGCCUGAACAUUCCGAAGCCUCCCGAUCUAUUACAGAUCUACAGGAACUGUGGCUCCGCCCUUCCGUCGCCGCGGGAUACAGUGGAUGUAUCCGUGGGGGUGGAGGCAGGCGAGCUCACUGGGAACUACAUUGUCCAGAAACCUGAUCUCUUGCAGCAGCAGCACACUGAGAUGGUUGAGGAGUUUGAGUAUCAGAUCAGUCUACUGAACGAGGAAAAACAGAGUCUGGCUGACCAGAUCAAGAAACUACAGAGUGAGAUCCAAAGCCUGAGAAGGACUGUGUCCCCCCCUCCUCCUGACCAGGGCUCACAUCUCAACUCCCUCUCCUCCUCAUCCACACCUCCCCGGUCCCCCCUGGACAACGGUCAGUACCUGGACCACAGGAGAGCCUCAGAACCUGACAAGCCCCACACUGAGAGCAACCCCCCCACUCAGACCGUCAGUUCCCCUACACACACCUCCACACAGCCCCAUGCCAAGCUGAAGGGCAGAGGGACGGUGGUGUUUGACCAGCCCAACAGGAAGUUGUCACCAGCGUUCCAGCAGGCCCUGUUGUCCUUUUGUAAGAUGUCAGCUGACAGUCGUCUGGGGGCAGAGGUGUCAAGGAUAGCAGACAAUGAGGAGAGUGUGAUGCUGAUGUUGGGUCGCUGUCUCCCUCACAUCGUCCCCAAUGUCCUCCUGGCCAAACGAGAGGAGUUGAUUCCUCUCAUCCUGUGUACGGCCUGUCUCCACCCGGAGCCUAAAGAGAGAGACCAGCUCCUUCACAUCCUCUUCAACCUCAUCAAGAGACCUGACGAUGAACAGAGGCGGAUGAUCCUAACAGGUUGUGUGGCGUUUGCCAGACAUGUUGGUCCGACCAGAGUUGAGGCUGAACUCCUACCACAAUGCUGGGAACAGAUCAACCAUAAGUAUUCAGAGAGGAGGUUGUUGGUAGCAGAGGCCUGUGGAGCCUUAGCACCUUACCUGCCUAAGGAGAUCCGUAGUUCCCUGGUGUUGUCCAUGCUGCAGCAGAUGCUGGCUGAAGACAAGGCAGACAUGGUCAGAGAGGCUGUGGUCAAAAGCCUUGCUAUCAUCAUGGGAUACAUCGACGACCCCGACAAGUACCCCCAGGGUUUUGAGUUGAUGUUGUUGUCCCUCGGUGACCCAUCGGAGAGGGUGGUCAGUGCUAUCCACCAGGUGUUCAUCCCAGCAUUCGCUGUCUGGACCACAGAGCUGGGAAUCCUCCAGACCACUCUCAUCCCCUCUCUGCUGGCCCGCAUAGAGAAACUUCUCAAGCAGGGUGAACAUGGUCUUGAUGAACACAAGCUCCACAUGUUCCUGUCGGCCCUCCAGUCUCUCAUCCCUCCUCUGUUUUCUGUGGUGCUCCAGAACGCUCCCUUCACACACAGGCUCACCCUGCAGGGAGACAUCCCCCCCAUAGAGGUGACGCGGUUCCCUCGGCCAGCGUCUCCUCUUCAGGAUGUAGCGACUGUCGUGGGGAGCCGGGAGAUGCUGAGCGGCCUCCUCAUCCUCUAUGAUUACCAGCUAGAACAUGAGGGCACUACGGGCUGGGACAGUCUGCUGUGGGUGGUCAAUCAACUUCUUCCACAGCUGAUCGAGAUAGUAGGUGGUAUUACUGUAACCUCCACUACGUGUGUCCAUGAGUUCUCACGUUUCUUCUGGAGACUCUGCCGCACGUUUGGCAAGAUCUUCACUAACACAAAGGUAAAACCACAGUUCCAGGAGAUCCUACGGCUCUCUGAAGAGAAUGUUGAUGCUUUAACCGGGAAUGCUAUUCUGACCAAGGCUACAGUUCCAGUCUAUGCUACAGGUGUACUGACAUGCUACAAUCAGGAUGAGGAUCGUAAGCUGCUGGUUGGUUUUCUAGAGGACGUCAUGACAACCCUGUCUCUCUCCCAUGCCCCUCUGGACAGCCUCAAAGCCUCCUUCAUAGAGCUGGGAGCUAACCCAGUGUACCAUGACAUGUUACUGACAGUACUGUGGUACGGUGUGGUCCACACCUCGGCUCUGGUCCGUUGUACUGCUGCAUGUAUGUUUGAGCUGCUGGUGAAGGGGGUGAAUGAGACGCUGGUGGCUCAGAGGGUGGUGCCCGCUCUCAUCACUCUCUCCAGCGACCCUGAAAUGUCAGUUAGGAUCUCUACUAUCCCUGCCUUUGGUACCAUCAUGGAGAUGGUCACGCACAAAGAGCUGUUGGAGCGUGUGAAGAUGCAGCUGGUGUCGUUCCUGGAGGACCCACAGUACCAGGACCAACACUCUCUACACAUGGAGAUCAUCAGGACCUUUGGCCGGGUCGGACCCAACGCUGAGCCACGCUUCAGAGACGAGUUUGUGCUCCCCCACCUCCACAAGCUGGCGUUGGAUAACAACGCCCAGACUACAGAGAGGAAGAGGAUGGACAUCGCUACUCAGCUGUUUGAGGCCUACAGCGCUCUCUCAUGCUGCUUCAUCUCAGAGGAGGUUAUGGUGAAUCACUUCCUGCCUGGACUGAGGUGUCUGAGGGCGGACAUGGAACAGCUAUCUCCUGAACACGAGGUGAUCCUGAGCUCCAUGAUCAAGGAGGGGGAAACCAAGGUAGAGAACAGAGGGAUCGGACAGGCUGAGGGAUCUGUGUCCAUCGCUGCCAGUCUGGUUGGGGAAGACGCCAAGACCAAGUUCCUGAGUAAGAUGGGUCAGCUGACCACGUCCGGCGCCAUGCUGGCCAACGUUUUCCAGAGAAAGAAGUGAUCCUUCUUCCACCGCCGAACCUCCUAGCAGCAAGCACACUACAUAUCCCAUGAGCCUCCAUUGUCUGGGAGCGCCAGCCCAGGCUCCAACGAUGGGCCAGGUCAGGGUCUCUGCUCAAACGCCUUCUGAAUGCAUCCUUCACUCCUCCCUGACUGGACAGGGGACAGCACUGAGCCCUAGGAAGGAAGGAAGGGUGCCCUUUUUUACAUAUAUGAUCAGGUCCAGGGUGUAUGUCAAUAGUCUGAAGUGGUUUCCUCUCCUCGUCUCAAGGAGAGAAAUGAAUUAUUAUACUAUUGAGAUGCAGCCACUAAGAUUUGGCCAACUGGGUUUGUUCUAGAAUUUUUACAGAUGCAAUGUUGUCACCAAAAGCUUUCUGAACGUUCCAGUCCAGUUAGAAUUUUAGUGGCGUUCUUUGUCAGAAUGUUAUUGUUCCGGAACCUUUGUCAACAUGGAGAGGAGUACAUUUACAUUUAAGUCAUUUAGCAGACGCUCUUAUCCAGAGCGACUUACAAAUUGUAAACUGACGUCUGUAUGUUCAUGGCUCUGGCGAAUUGCCUACUUGAAGUCAAAAUAGUCUGCCUUUUAUUUCAUCACGUCUCUCGUUGUUUUGAUAUUUUAUGUAUGAUUUAAGACUUAAUUCCUCCAAAGAAAUCUGCACUUCACUUUUUUAAAAUUACUUUCUCUUUAUUCUGUUUUGAUUUCAGAGUCUUAUUAUAGAGGAUAUACAUCCACAUCACUACCUUUCAGUGGAUUUAUUAUAGAGGAUAUACAUCCACAUCACUACCUUUCAGAGUCUUAUUAUAGAGGAUAUACAUCCACAUCACUACCUUUCAGUGGAUUUGUUGUAUUUCUGUUGGAAAAGAGAAGAACACUGAUUGUCUUCCUUAAUCCAUCUCUCUCUCUCUCUCUCGUUCUGCCUCUCUCUCGUUCUGCCUCUCUCUCGUUCUGCCUCUCUCUCGUUCUGCCUCUCUCUCGUUCUGCCUCUCUCUCGUUCUGCCUCUCUCUCGUUCUGCCUCUCUCUCUCGUUCUGCCUCUCUCUCUCGUUCUGCCUCUCUCUCGUUCUGCCUCUCUCUCGUUCUGCCUCUCUCUCGUUCUGCCUCUCUCUCUCGUUCUGCCUCUCUCUCGUUCUGCCUCUCUCUCGUUCUGCCUCUCUCUCUCGUUCUGCCUCUCUCUCUCGUUCUGCCUCUCUCUCUCUCGUUCUGCCUCUCUCUCGUUCUGCCUCUCUCUCGUUCUGCCUCUCUCUCGUUCUGCCUCUCUCUCGUUCUGCCUCUCUCUCGUUCUGCCUCUCUCUCGUUCUGCCUCUCUCUCUCGUUCUGCCUCUCUCUCUCUCUCUCUCGUUCUGCCUCUCUCUCGUUCUGCCUCUCUCUCGUUCUGCCUCUCUCUCUCGUUCUGCCUCUCUCUCUCUCUCUCUCUCUCUCGUUCUGCCUCUCUCUCGUUCUGCCUCUCUCUCGUUCUGCCUCUCUCUCGUUCUGCCUCUCUCUCGUUCUGCCUCUCUCUCGUUCUGCCUCUCUCUCGUUCUGCCUCUCUCUCGUUCUGCCUCUCUCUCGUUCUGCCUCUCUCUCGUUCUGCCUCUCUCUCUCGUUCUGCCUCUCUCUCUCGUUCUGCCUCUCUCUCUCGUUCUGCCUCUCUCUCUCGUUCUGCCUCUCUCUCUCGUUCUGCCUCUCUCUCUCGUUCUGCCUCUCUGUCUCGUUCUGCCUCUCUCUCUCUCGUUCUGCCUCGGGUGGCUGUUUGAUUUGUGGUUAAGUUCUUUUCUCUUUGGGAUCAUUUUAAUUACAUGUUAUGCUCUACAAGUAAACUGUAUGAUACACUGAAAUGAAGGUGGGACCCAUAUUAUUAUGUACAUUUGAAUUUGGUGUCAUGAAACAAUAAAACACAAAAUAAACAAUUGUCUACUCAUGUA